GGGGGGAGUGGUGGUGGUGGUCUCACAGUAGGAGAGCAGUUGCAAUGCGGAGGUUUGAUUUCUUGCGCGUGAAUUGUCAAACGACACGAGCGUGCGAGGAGUUGACAGCGCGUCGACGUGUCUCGGCCGGAGGUAUGUGAUCGUCGGUGAUAUCGUUCGACAGCCGCCGACGCACGGCUGCGAUCCUGAGAAAGAUACGAGCGAGAGAGAAGAGAGGAGACACGCGUGAAAGACGAGCGAGGGGAAGAAGAACAACUCCGUCCGCGGUCACGGAGCCGCCGAUCGUUUCGGAAACGAAGUCAGCCUUCGAAUGUACCUGCGGAUGUCGAAGAUCGCGCGUGCAAAAACCCCGCGGACGUGAGACGCUCCAUCGUAAACCCUCUUUCGUUUUCGCGGAGUCCUGUGUGACGUCACGAACGCGGCUGUGCGCGACCGAGUCAAGGCCGUGCGAACUUCGCUCGUCGAUGGACUUGGAAGAGGAGCGAUCAGCCGAUGUCGCUCGAUUGUUUGAACGCGCAAUUUUUUCCCUCAUCAUGAGAUGGAAUUCGUCACAAGAAGAAAAAACGUACGUUCGCGCGCAGAAAGGACGUGAACGCCAGUCCGCUCCGUUUUUCUGAGCUCCAGUUCCUGAACAAUGUAGCCAGUCGUGAAGCUAAACUCGCUCGUCUAAACCCGCGGAUCUCGUGACUUGCCAAGAAAAAUCACUCGAUGACGUACUCCGGAUCUGGCACUAAAAAUGUGAAACGAUGAAAAGAACAUUAAUUCUGACAUAUAAUUAGAUGAUCACCAAAUCGCGUCUGUAUAUCUAUACGUAACACUGAAAAAAUAUAUAUGUAUAUGUUGAGAGCACAGAUUUGAGGGAAGAAAUGCAACAGAGAGAAAGAGGAAUAUAUCACAGCAUGAGUUUCGCACUGCCACACUGAAGUUCAAACACAUUGACAAUUUGAUUCCCAGGAAGUUUAAAAAUCAUGACAUAAUCCUCUCAUAAGUGUAAUUAAGAAUUUAAAAGAGAAAAAGAAGCACAUGACGUGAGCAGAGUGAUCUUAUAUUGCACGGUACUUAAACGAUUAUAAUUGAUAGUUCUUAUUGAGAAACUCGCGGUGAAACGGGAAUAUCUAUCAUCGGGUGUACAUAGAAGAGAGAUUACAAAACAAAAAAAAAAAACCUGACGAGCUUUAUUGAAGUGUCACAAAUCUUUAAAAGAGUUUUUUUUUUAAACAAAGAGACAUUAUUGAUUUCAAUAUGUGCAAAACGCAAACAGAGUAUAGCAAAGACAAAUACGUAGCUUUAUUAUAAUUAUUGCCAUUAUUUCUUACCACACGUACAUAUAAAAUGUCGCAAAGAUAAUGUGAUGAAAAUGAUGUAAAAAAAAAGAAAUUAUUUACAAAAGAAAACAAGGUGCAUAAUAUAUUAGAUUUAGAUUACGGUGCGACAUAUAUAUAUUCUGUGUAUUUCGGAGAUCGCUUUCGUAGAAGCUAUGAGAAGCGAUUGCAUGAACUCGGUGAUUGCAGCAACAAAUCUGAGAAUAUCGAGGGAUAAACUGAAAUCCGAAAUAUUUAACCCGGAGUCGCGGAUACGGUGCGCUAACAUGAACAAAGGAGGCUUAUCUAUCGCUUUUUGCAAUGCGUGCGCGCGAGCAAAAUGAUGACAGAGGCGCCCAGUUAAAAUGUGAAUAUGAAAAAAAACAUACGCAGUAACAUUUCUUAGGGGUCAUGCCCCCCGGGGCAAGUGGCGGAACAGAGGGCCUGGGCCCGUCCUGUUCUGAGAUACACAACACUCAAGAUCACGCUGUAGCUAAGCUCACACCUCCUCUCACAUUCGCCCAGCAAUGCUACAGACAUCUCAAGAGUUCCGGUAUCGGCGAGGCGAGCGUGUACCACGCGCUGGUUGUAAUAUUUUUGGAAUUCUUUGCAUGGGGGUUGUUAACCAUGCCCAUUAUCUCAGUACUAAACGAAACAUUUCCGGAUCACACGUUUCUAAUGAAUGGCUUGAUAAUGGGCAUCAAAGGAAUCCUAUCUUUUCUCUCCGCGCCACUGAUUGGCGCCCUCUCCGACGUGUGGGGUCGAAAAUUCUUUCUACUCAUCACAGUGGCCUUCACGUGUGCGCCGAUACCUUUAAUGAGCAUCAACACAUGGUGGUUCUUCGCCAUGAUUUCCAUCAGUGGCGUAUUCGCAUGCACGUUCUCCGUGGUGUUUGCAUACGUCGCAGAUGUGACGGAAGAAAAUCAAAGAUCACUAGCGUACGGCUUGGUGUCAGCAACUUUUGCCGCAAGUAUGGUAAUAAGUCCCGCUUUAGGGGCUUAUACCAUGACAACAUAUGGUGAAAAUCUUGCCGUAGCUUUAGCAACUGCAAUUGCAGUACUGGAUGUGUUUUUUAUAUUAGUGGCUGUACCUGAAAGUUUGCCUGAGAAAGCACGUCCACCAGCACCUAUAUCGUGGGAGCAAGCAGAUCCAUUUGCAGCUCUGGGAAAGGUUGGAAAAGAUCAUACUAUUUUAAUGCUGUGUGUCACUGUGUUCCUGAGCUACCUACCCGAAGCCGGACAGUAUAGUUGUAUAUUUGUUUAUUUAAAACUGGCUAUGGGCUUUUCCGGCUUCAUGGUGGCUAUAUUUAUCGCCGUGGUGGGCAUCCUGAGCGUCGGUGCCCAGAUUAUAUUAGGUCCCUUGAUGAGAACACUUGGUAGCAAGCAUACCAUAAUGCUUGGUCUGUUGUUCGAAAUGUUACAACUCAUGUGGUACGGAUUCGGCUCACAAACAUGGAUGAUGUGGGCUGCUGGAGUGCUUGCUUCUGUAUCAAGCAUCACAUAUCCCGCAAUUUCUGCAUUCGUAUCCAUGCAUUCUGACGCCGAUAAGCAAGGGUUAGUACAAGGUAUGGUAACUGGAAUGCGUGGUCUCUGCAAUGGACUUGGCCCUGCCAUGUUCGGUGUCAUAUUCUAUCUUUUUCACGUUGAUCUUAACGACGAAACGCCAAAUCUCCCUCUAAAAUCGUCAUUCGUGGACGAGAACAACAGAACGGGAACUAGUACGCAUCUUGAUAUAAUGCCCCAGGUACAUACAUUAUACUUACAGCUCGUGCCAGGGCCGCCGUUUGUAUUUGGCGCAUUACUCGUAAUCUGUGCGCUAUUAGUAGCCGCGUUUAUUCCCGAAUCAAAUACGAUGUCAACAGGAUCGUUGCAUCAUCCAUCCACUUCCCGGAGGCCCUCCGGUAAAUACGCAUAUCAGAAAUGUUUGUCCUUGGAUGUACAAUACGAGGCAGAUCGAAGUGGCAGGGGAAAGAUCGGUCCGCUGUCACCACUAGUCGACAAUUGCAAUUCCGCCGCGCUAUAGUGUCUAUUGAUAAAAAAGUAAGGCAAGCCAUAGCAUACGCAACAAAAAGACGAGAACGUUAUUAAAUAAGCGACAUGUAACUCCACGUUUAAUCGGGGUGGGGAGAGAGGGAGAGAAAAUGUCGCUAUGAUGUGCACCUGACUUGGCUCUAGACUGUAAUAGAGUUGUCUAUACUGUAUUAUACUAUUUGUUUAAGACAGUAACUGAAGCUUGGUUUUAGGAUUAUCGAUGGAAGAAAACUUAAUGUUUAGGUUGUGACAAAUUUUCCGCAAGCGGCGCUUGUGCGAUAAAUACAUGGGUUGAUCUCAAACUUGAGUAUAAUAUCGUACGACAGGCAUGUUACGUUACGUUACGAAAGGCGAAAACAUUAUUAAAAAAAAAGAAAAAAAAUUAGUUCUUCCUUUUCGAGAUUCUCGCGCCAAUCGCUAAAAUCAGAUGAUAAUUUUUUUGCGAAAUGAUCAGUGACUCCUAAUUUGUAUGCAGCUUGCCGACGGCACAAAACGGCACACCACCAAUGGAAAUUCGUAAUCAGUAUUUUUAUUAGAUUUGUAAAAUUAUUUGUUCGAUGAAAAUAUUUACUUUGAUGUCGUAUCCUUUUUCUCUUUGUAUUCCUGAUAAUAUUUUGUUAUACCUCGUCUCACACAUACACAUACACGUGUCAAGUGCUAAUGUAAAUCGCAACAUAUUUUUGCAUCUCCAUAUACCUAUACAUUCGUAAACACUAGAAAUAGCUUUUACACAUUCCUUAUAAGCAUAAUAUUUGCACACAAAAAACUACAAUACAAUUGAAAAAGAUAAAAACUGUACUUUCCUUUUUGUAUAGAAAGAUGAUAUAGCAAUAUUAUUUAUCUUGUACAAUCAUCUGACACAUAAUUUACCGAAUAUUUAUAUAUACAUAUAUAUCAUGCGACUUUUAUGUGUCUUCUGUUUUGCACAAAUUAUUUAUUUUAAUUAAAUAGAAAUUACGAACGUACCGAGAGGGCCUCAACACGUUUAAGAAGCAGGAAUAUAGUUUGUCCUUCAAAAGCAGUGGUAGCCAUCAACGAUGAUCAAUGAAAAUUGUAUCGUUAUAAACCAGUAUCGUUAAUUGAAUGAUCGAUAGUACUUUUAAAUUGUGUGUUAAUCGGAGUCAUUGAUGUUAAAAAAACAAAAAAAAAAAAAAGAAAACCAGUUCUAUAAUAGAAUGUAGGGCCUUACAUACGUGUAUAUUUUGCCUCUAUUUUUACAAAACAAAAAAUAUCAACACCUUUGAUGAGGGAAAACCUAUUAUUUUUUGCAGUGGCAUUGGUUUUAAUACAUGUGAUUAAAAAUUGUGAAUUUAUACAUAAUUUUUAAUCUGUAUUAUUAUUAACAAUAGUACGUAUUAUAUAUAAAAAAGAAUUAAAUUGUUUAAAACACUAAACACGUAGAAGGAAAAAGAAAAGAAACAGUAACUUUACUUACCAUACUGAUCUUAAAGCCAUUAAGCUCUUAUGAAAUCAAUUAGUCCUUGUAUUUAAAAAAAAACCAAAGAGUGAUUAAUAACAGACACAAAUUAGUUGAAACAUAACAAUAAAUCCUAGACAUUUUCUCUAUAGGAGCUUGCGUAUGAAUGCUUUAGAAUAUUACCGAGUUUUAUAUUUGAUGGUGAUUUUUUUUUUUUUUUUUUCUAUACACUUUUGUUACCUCCCUGAACAGCUCAAAAACAACGGUUAUUUGAUGGAUAUUUACCGAAUAAUAUUCAUACGAUUUUUGUGUGAACACAAGUGUGAUAAAUAUGUAUUUUAUACAUGUUUAUAUACAUAUACAUAUAUAAUUUUAAUUCCUCCUUUGUACAUCUGUUUAGAAAUAAUCUGUUAGGAAACAAAUUUUGAAGUAGAGUCGUGAAGAUUUCAGUCGAUACGGUAAAAAAGUACGUGGCUUCUGUGUGAUCUUUGUGAAAUAUAUCAAAAUUUAUGCGUUUUUUCUAGAAUCUUAGGUAUAUAUCAGUAAUUACCGAAAUAGAAAUCGUGAACAGGCGUAAACAAUGCAACUGCAGAGUUUUAUAGUUUCAGUUGGUAUUUCCUUAGAAUUACAAAGUCGCUCUUAUACAGUGGAAUAUAAAUAUACAUGAUUGUAUUAUACAAAAA